CUGCCUCCUACCCAGAGCAGCUCAUCCCCGCUGCUGCUGCCCCUCUGCCUGCCCGGGGCUCGGGGCUCGCACCGCAGCAUGCGGCUGCUGCUGGGGGCAGCGCUCCUGUGCCUGACCCUGCGCCUGGGGCAGUGCUCCGAGGAGGCAGCACCCGACAGCCCCGGCCAGCAGGACUCCCAGGCAGUGUCAUCCUAUUCCGACUGGGGCAUCGACACCAUCCGGGAUGGCUUUGAAACGGUGAACAGCUACUUCGACUCCUUCUUGGAACUGCUUGGGGGGAAAAACGGAGUCUGUCAGUACCGCUGUCGAUACGGGAAGGCUCCCAUGCCACGGCCUCACUACAAACCCCAAGAACCCAAUGGCUGUAGCUCCCAUUUUCUGGGGCUCAAGGUACCCGAAAGUCUAGACUUGGGCAUCCCUGCCAUGACCAAGUGCUGUAACCAGCUGGACAUUUGUUACGACACCUGUGGGGCCAACAAGUACCGCUGCGACGCCAAGUUCCGCUGGUGCCUCCACUCCAUCUGCUCCGACCUCAAGCGCAGCCUGGGCUUCGUCUCCAAGGUGCAAGCCUGUGAAUCCAUGGCAGACACGGUGUUCAAUGCCGUCUGGACUCUGGGCUGCCGGCCCUUCAUGAACAGCCAGAGGAGCGCCUGCAUUUGCAGCGAGGAAGAGCGCGAUGAACUGUGAGCAGGAGCAGCUACCCGGUGCCCGUGAGCCGCUGGCAGUGCCCCUCUGCAGCACAGUGACUCCUGUCAGCCCUUGGCAUGGGCACCCACGGCAGCCUGGGGCACAGCAGAGCCAGCCCAUGGACAGAGGGCAGCCGUGCCCGCUGCCCGCCGCAGAUGCAGCUCCACAGCCUCACUGCUCCUUCCCAAGCCCACAGGAUCCCAGGCCAGUUCUCUCCAAGGCAAGCAGGAUGCAGUGCGUCUUAUAAACACAGGACUUAGCUUAAAUACAUACUAUUACCUCCCCCCACCCUGUAACUCCCUAAUUUGCAGUGCAAGGCAUUAGGUUUCUGUAAGCCCUGUGAAAUUCCCAGUCCAUGGAUAUGCUAUGUACAUUUUUGCACCGUUGGUGACAGACUGAAGAGGGGUAAUUUUCUUUCAGUACCUUGCUCACACCCAUCCCUGACACUUUCCAUCCUGUCAUUACAUACCCUGACAACCCCGCAUAUUUAAAUACUUGGUGGAUCCUAAACUGAUUUAAGACAUCUGGAGAUUUCUUAAGCAUGAGUUAAGGGGAAGGGCUUGAGGUGUUUGUGGUACACAAUUGAUAUUCAGGACCAAAGCCCACCAUUUAUCAGAUGUGAAAUCACAGCCCUCUCCCCCAGUCUCAGGACAGGAAGCCACUUUUCUUUGCCAGUGUCAUCCACAUCUAUUUAAUUACUUUUCUCCUUCAGCAUUUAACAAAGCUUUGCCCUUAGGAUCCCUUUUUACACAAAGUGGCUGGGUAUCCAUCUCCAUCUCUUGCACAAGCGAAACAGGAGGCUCACAGGAUGAGAUAUUUCAAAUUAUUCUGGAGCCUUAUCUGUCAGGUGACAGGACUUACAUGCUACCUCUGUGGGGCUGCUAUCAGCAGCCUCAGCCACCAUUCCUUCUAAAACGUGGUUAAUACUCCCAUCUGUUAUGGGGAGCUUUUGUUGCAUGCAAAACCAGAAUUUAAAGUGGUGCAUGGCAUUUUGCCUCCACAGAACACUGGCAGACAGCUUUCAGCUGGGUUUCUUGUUGGAAGGAUGUUGCUACUGGGUGUGUGCAUGCCGUGCCACGUAAAUAUUUCAGCAGCUCCUGCAAACAUAUUUAUGGUUAUGUUCUUCCAUCUGCCACAGAGAAGUUAGGCUGCAAAAGGGUGAUUUAACAAGAGCGGAAAGAGUCUGCCUUGGUUGCUUUUCUUCCAGUUUAAAUGGGUUUAAAAUAUAUGCAUGGAGCUAUAAAUUA